GUAAUUUCAAUAAUGUAACCUAUGAAUUGAAUUUGAGUCCGGCGAAGGUGAACGUCCGAACAGCACCGCCAUGGGAAGCAGAAGAAAAGCUCUUUUCGAGCUCUCCCACUACGCAAACAGCCUCUUAUGUCCAACCAAACGUUCUACUUUCCCUAACCUCACGCUCUCCAGGAACGCUUUCUUAGCUUCUCGACUUCAUUCCUCUGCCUUUUCCAGAACCUCCACCGAUGGCACCGCCAUGGAAAAUGAUCAACCGCCGCAAUCGAACAGAGAUGCGAUGCUUCUUGAAAAGUUCAGGCUCAGAAAACUCAAAGGCUCGUCGAAAGUUUCGCAAGAAUCAUCGAGUACGAGUUCUAACAGAGGUGAGAAGGUUAUCACAGGUUUCAAGGAGUUAGGGCUUUGCAAUGAAUUAGCCGAGGCUGUAGAAGAAAUGGGAAUUUUUGCUCCUUCUGAGUUGCAUUGUGUAGGGAUUCCGGCUCUUUUGGAAGGAAAGAAUGUGGUGUUGGGAUCUCUUUAUGGACCUGAAAGGGCUUUGGCUUACUUGUUGCCUCUCAUUCAGAAUCUAAAAAGGGAUGGAAAAAAGUAUGGCGUGAGGUCCAAGCAUCCUCGAGCUUUUGUUCUGUGCUCAUCUGUGGAGCUAUCUGAUGAGGUGUUUCAAAUGGCAAAAUUCAUCAGCAAUUACAGGCAGCUCGCAACUGCAAGGGAUAAUGGUUGUAUUGAAUUAGAACUUCAAAAAAGUGCAUCUGAUAUCUCGAUCGGUUUGUUAAUUGGCACCCCUGGUGAAAUCCUCAAACUCAUUGAAGAGGGGAGUGUGGUUCCUGAUGAAAUCAAUUACUUGGUAUUGGAUGAGUUGGAUUCAAUGUUCGAUCUUGGUUUUGGCCCCAACAUUAAGGAUAUUUUAACUUCAGUAAGACACUGCAAUGAAAAGUGCCAAUCUGUCGUGCUUACUUCGACAUUUAUAAAGAUGUUGCACGAACAACAUUCAUCCCUUGUCGAGUCUCUUAAGCGUGGUGAUACAGGAGAGAUAGCUGCUAUGCUUUUAGAAAUUGAAGAAGAAGAGGCAUUCCAUCUUAUGGAAUCUCCAGAUACUCUGAAAUGUAAACUUGCCGAUGUGGUCGAGUCACUUUGUGCAUCUACACAGAGAACGUGAGUAAAGGACGCGGAGUUUUGGCAGGGGUUACAGCAUUUCCAUUGGGGUCGUAUAAUAUGACACCCGAGAAAUCUGGUAGCUGGCAUUUCCCCCCCAUGAGUAUAUUCUUCUGCCAUAUAGCAGCUUGUUGCUCUCUGC